AUGCCCAAACAUAAAAAUCAUCCCACGCAUACCACCACAUCAACAACGACUACUUCUCAACAACAACCAAACAAUAAUAAUAAUAUUACUAAACAAUCGAGUACAACAGCAUCAACAGCACGUCGUGGAAGUACAACAACAGCUACAACAACAGCACCUGUAAUAAAAAAGGAAACAGAGGUGAAAAAAGAUGAUCCGACUAGUAAUAAUUCGAGGAAUAUUCAUGAAGAAUUGAGAAAUGAAUUAUUUGCGGAAGCUAUGGUUUUUCCGGAUUCGAUAUCUUUUUAUUAUGUGAAUGAACCUGUUAAAAAACCAACACAACAAUUAUCAUAUUUGGAUGUUGUGAACAAACCUAACACUACCAAAGAACCCGAGAAGAAAAUUCCCAGAUUGGAAGAAUUUACAAUCGAUGACCCCGAGAAAAUUGAUUGUACUAGGAAAAUACAAAUGAUUUAUAUUUGUACAGUAAAUUAUACGGACGAAAAUUCACCAAUGUAUAAACAAUAUGUUGAUCACUUUUCGGAGGAAAUUAAGAGGCCAGAAAAUAAGCAAUCAUCUGUAAAAUUAAUAGUUACUAUUCCAGUUGGAUAUCCAAUUCUUCCACCAGAAGUUUCAAUAGAAAAUAUGUCUACUAUUUCCAAAGAAGCUAUCAAUUAUGUUUAUCAGAAAGUAAUGACGAAAUGUGAAGAAGGCAAAGGUUUCCAACUACUUCACGACAUUAUUACCACCUGUACAGACUCACUUAAAGAGUAUGCUGAUAGAUUAGAGGAAAGUUAUUUAAAGGAAAUAGAUAGACUAAGAGAAGAGAAGGAAAGGAGACAGCAAUUGGAUAAACAAAUGGAAAAGGAAAUUAAUGAAAUGGGUGCCAAAAGAAAAAAGUUGAUCAAAGAGGAAAAAACUAGAAAAAUUGAACAGAGAAUGAAAUACUUGAAUGAUAAUUCACCAACACCUAUUACUAAAGUGACUGAGGAUAUUUUCAAUUAUCAAAAAAGUGUUAGUGGAACACCAACAAAAGUAGGGAAAUCAAGCUUCUUUGUUCAUGAAGAGCAGCAAACUGAUAGUGAGGAAGAAGAGGAAGAUGAAGAGGAAGACGAAGAUUACUUUGAUAAUGGAGAAGAUGAAGAGGAGGAAGAUGAAGAAGAUGAGGAAGAUGAGGAAGAAGAAGAGGAAACAUCUGAUGAGGAAGAUGGAAAACCAUCAAAGUUUUUCAAGCGUUCUGGACUUGUUGACACAAGUGAGGAGGAGGAAAGCGAUCAAGAAGAGGAGGAGGAAGAAGAAGAAAUCAUUGUAACAGAAGAUGAUGAGGAUGAAAGAUCUUCCACUUCUAAAAAGAAGGCUACCAAGAAGAGCCAUGCCAAAUCCUCAUCCUCUCCAAUCAAUAUUUCAUCUGCCUAUGAUAAUAGCUCAUCUAGUAACAACUCGAGUCCAAGUGUAGGAGUUGCCUCCUCAAGUCCUUCUAAAAACUUUAUGCACUACUACCUUAAUUCAAAGAAGAAAAAACAAGAUGAGGAAGAUGUUGAAGAAUCCACAAAUGGUGACAGAACUCAAAUUCUUCUUAUACACAUGCUUAGAAUGUUUUGCAAUAGGCUCUCUAAAAAUCAACAAACUGCCUUUACAGAUCUUUCUGAUCAGCUAAUGAAAAUAGGAGUACUGAACUCUGGUAUGAGAAGGUACACAGAAAACUUUGCAGAUCUAAAGGACCAAUUCAAAUUAUUAUUUAACGAGCAAAUCAAAUCUUCGAGUGAAAAUCCAUCAGAGCCAUUCUCUUUCUUUUGGAAGGAACCAACUGAUCAAAUUGACUCUUCAUCAAACCAUGCUUCCAGAUACAAAUCUGAUUUCGAAGAAUUGGAAAAGCUUGGAGAGGGAGGUUUUGGUUCAGUGACAAAGGUUAAGAAUAUGCUCGAUCAAAGAAUUUAUGCCAUUAAGAAAAUCAAGUUCCAUACACAAAGGGACGAAAAAGAGGAAAAGACAAUUCUCAGAGAAGUUAAUCUUCUGUCAAGGCUGAAUCACAGUUACAUUGUCAGAUAUUUUAAUGCAUGGAGAGAAGAAAACAAUGAGACUAUUGAUAGUGAAUCUGAUUUCCUGAGCACACCUGAAGACAGUGAAGCUUUCUACGAUUAUUCAUUCUCUUCCUCUGUUCAUUCAGAAUUGAGAACCAAAACAUAUUCCGAGAUGAAAUCAGCCAACACUUUUAAUAAGAAUUUGCCUACUCGUAUACUUUACAUUCAGAUGGAGUACUGUCAGCAAAUUCUUUCCGAUCUGAUCAACAAUGCCGAACUUUCCAAGGAAGAGGCUUGGAGAUAUUUCAGACAAACUGUGGAAGCUUUAGAUUACCUUCACAAAAAUGAUAUUAUUCACAGAGAUUUGAAACCUUCGAAUCUUUUCAUCAGUGUUGAUAAGACUAUCAAAGUUGGUGACUUUGGUUUGUCUGUGGCUGUAAGAGGAAAGAGCUACCAGCAAUCUAGGCAAUUAAGCAGGGGAGCUUCAGAACAUUCAUUUUCUCUUUCCAAUUCGUCAGAUUUGUCAACUGGUGUAGGUACUAUCAUGUAUGCUGCCCCAGAAGUUUUAACUUCACCUCAUUACACAUCCAAAGUUGACAUUUAUUCACUAGGAAUAAUAUUUUUCGAAAUGCUUCAUCCAAGAUUUUCAACAGGCUCAGAAAGAUUGGCUGUUCUCAGCAAACUUAGAGAAUCUGGAAAAGUUCCAAAUACUUUCCCAGCCAUUUACGAGAAGGAAAAGGAAUUGAUAGAGUGGAUGCUUAACUCAGACCCCGAAAAACGACCAACAGCUGAACAACUCUUAACCUCCGAAUAUAUGCCAAUAUCUACAACUGAGGAAAAGUUGGCAAUAUUAUUCAACAGAAAAGAGAAGGAUUUUUCUAUAAGUACAACUUUCAAUCUUUCCAGAGUCUAUGCUAGAGAAAGAGCCAUAUUGAGGUUACAAUCUGUUUUCCAAUUACAUGCUGCUGUUGAAUUUGAUGUCGAGUCCUAUUUCCCAAAUACUGACCAAAUCGAGGGUGUACUUGAAAAGAAAAAUCUUUGUCCAGUCAUGUUUGAAUCUGGUAAAUUAAUGAAUAUUGCAAGAGAUGGUUCCAUAUCACUUGCUAGAUACCUUGCCAGACUUCCAAAAGAUGGCUACAUCAAGUUCCUGAAGAGAUAUUCAUUCCUUACUAUUGCAAAACCUUCUACUAAAGAAGGUAUGGGAAUAGAAACCAGACAAAUUUGUUCUGUAGACAUUGUUGGUUCUCGCUUUGGAAUGAUAACAGAUGCUGAAAUCAUCAAGAUGAUGUCCAGGGUUGUCUCUUUCUUUACACCAAAUGCUGGUUACUGGGUGCUGAGAAUCAAUCACUCAGGAAUCAUUUAUUCUAUAUUGGACUAUUGUGAUAUUCCAAAGAGUGAGCGUGAUUACGUCUGUGCAUUUGCCUCCAAACUUAAGAAACAUAACUAUUCUUGGGACAAGGAGAAAUUCAUAUUAGAUAGAGGUAAACCAAUUAUCAAAGAUUUAUUCCGUCUUCAUGAAGCAGUAGAUGUUACCAGACAAAAGUUGGCAAACAUUUUCACUAAUAUUGGAGCUAGAGAGGCACUAAAUGAUAUAUCCACACUUUUGGACAACUUUAGAAUAUGGGGAAUUGAUAAGUCGAACUUUAAAGUUGAAUUCGAUACAAGCUUGACCAAUAACUACCAAAGAUAUAGUGGUUUAAUAUUCCAAUUUGGUAUUCAAAAAGGAACGAUGUACAUACCAAUAAUUAAUGGUGGUAGAUACGACAAGCUCGUUAGUAAUUUCACACUCUUUGAUAAAUUGCCUCAUAACGUAGUUGGAGCAAAUAUCAAAUUGGAUAAACUUUUCAAAUACACAACUAUGGUUGAGCAUCCUCCAAAAUUAGAGUCCCCUACCGAGGAAGGAGAAGAGAAUUCAACCAUUCCUCCAUUUGAUAGUGGUGUACCUCAGGUUUUAGUUUUCUCUGAGAAUAGAGAUAUCAAAGAAGAAAGAAUGAAAGUUGCUGAUUUAUUGUGGGAAGCUGGUAUUCGUGCCGAUUUGACCUAUGACGAUAAUUCAACACAAGGUCAAAUAUAUAGUUGUGACAAAAUCAAACUUGAUUUCAAAGAAUUUGGUAAGAAUUAG